CCCACACAAACAACACACCCACCCCGCACUCAUACUCACAUGGACCUGGCAGCUCCCAGAAACACAUCCAAGGCGAAAUGAGAGAUAGCAGAACAUAAGACCGGAUAAUGGGGAGGGGAAAGGGGGAAGUGAAGGAGUGGUGGAGGAAGGGGGAAGGCGGAAGGGGAGGCCAGAGACAGAGGGAGGAGUAGAUAAUAAAAACAGUUCACUUUACACAAUGUUGGUGUCAAGAGCGGUGUUCCCCGUCUUCUUCGCUGUGUUCUAUUUUUCUGGAUUGGGUGUCGCAGAAUCCUCGCCAUGCCAUCCGCGUAGCUACGGUGCUGACAGCGUAGUGUGCGUGUGUUCCUCUGACUACUGUGACUUCCCCGGCGUCCUUCAGGCAGGUCCUCCGGGUACCUACACCUCCGUCACCUCCUCCAGGGAUGGCCUACGCUUCCACGUGAAGUCUGGCUCCUUCUCCCAAACGCCAUCUAAUGCGUCAGUGGUCGUGCGCAUCGAUGGCAGGUAUGAGUAUCAGCCUAUCAUGGGGUUUGGCGGAGCUUUCACGGAUGCGGCCGGAAUCAACAUUGACUCUCUGCCCGAAGUCACGCAGGAAGUUCUGCUCAGGUCCUACUUCUCGCCGGAGGGGCUGGAGUACAACCUGUGCCGCGUCCCGGUCGGUGGGAGUGACUUCUCCACUCGGCCCUACUCCUACGACGAUGUGGAGGGCGAUGUGGAACUCCUCCACUUUAACUUGACUCUUGAGGAUUACCGAUACAAGCUACCUUACAUCCGCCGAGCCAAAGAACUGAGCGAGAAGGAAUUCCUGCUCUUUGGUUCCCCCUGGUCUCCGCCAUCUUGGAUGAAAGAAAACGGACACUUCAAUGGGUCGGGGGGACUUCUGAAAGAAAUGUGGCAGCCUUGGGCCAAUUAUUUCGUAAAAUUUGUCAAGCAAUACGAGGCAGAGGGGGCGCCGCUAUUGGGCUUGACAACACAGAACGAACCGCUAACAGGUUUCGAAGAAGAUUAUCCAUGGAACACAUGCGCUUGGACUGCCGAGGAUCAGAGGGAUUGGACCAAGCAGAGUCUCGGACCUGCGUUGGAAGAAGCAGGACUCGGGAGGUUGAAGCUAAUGGUGCCCGAUCACAGCCGCAAUGCCCUGCCGUGGUACCCUGCCACGAUCCUGGAGGACCCCGCCGCCGCCCGGUACGUCGACGGCAUCGCAAUCCACUGGUACCGGGAUGACGUCAUCGGCCCGAGCGUGAUGGACGAGACCCAACCUCUUUUCCCGGACCGCUUUCUCCUCUACACCGAGGCUUGCGACGGUUCCCUCUCCCCUCCUUCCCUUUCUCCCCUUUCACGGCUCUCUCUGAAUAUUCCCGAAAUUCUCUUCCAGGAUCUGAAUCACUGGUCGGCUGGCUGGGUGGACUGGAAUCUCGCGCUGGACACAGAGGGCGGACCGAACUGGGCUUCCAACGCUGUCGAUUCUCCCGUUAUUAUUGAUAAAGAAAGCGGAGAAUUCUACAAGCAGCCGAUGUUCUACGCCCUCGGCCAUUUCAGCAAGGUUCUCGUUCCCGGUUCUCGACGCAUCUACGCCUCUGUCAGCAGCCCGUCAGACACGGUCAGCUUAACGGCCGUCCACAACUCUGCUGACAACACCUCGGCGGUUGUCAUUCUGAAUUUCGGAGACACGGCAGUGGACGUGACCGUGGGCGUGGGCGGCGGGACACACUUCAUUAAUGUGGACAUGCCCGCCAAAGCAAUUACGUCACUCCUCUUCGCCACGCCCGAGGUCGCUGGGGAUUCGGAAACAAACAACGAACUCUUUUAGGAUGAGCUGAUUACUGGUGUUGUAACCAUUAUCAUUAUAGUUACUCUCUUUACCAUUGUUAUUUGUUAGUCUUAUUAUGGCAGUCGUAAAAGCUACGGAUUGUUUAACUGGAAAUGACGACUCUGACCCCAGUCAUGCUGCCUUAGCGUCUAUCCUAGGGGUAAGUUGCGACGCCAAGCCAUGUAUUGAGGCGCGCUAAUAGGGAAGUAAUCUGACUUCCGCCCCGUCGAGGCAAUGGCCUAGCAGAAAGCGUCCACUCCCCAACGCUGAAUACCCCCGAUACCCUCAGCGCUGGGCAUCGGGCCACGCCACCAGAUUUCUACAGCCGGGGACAGACAAAAUAACUUAACCGAUGGGAGCCUCUGUAUCAGAAAGGCUCCUUUUCUGCACAGCGCGUCAUAGUGUAGAUAGGAAUAAGGAAGGGAGAGGGUCACUGUUACGCGGAUGCUGGUUGUAUAGUUAAUCUUUUUAUUUCAUUCAGAUCAUGCGCUAUAAGAAGUUUUAUAAUCAAGUGUGGCAAUAUCUAAACUGCCAGUAAACAAUAAACUUGGCAAGGAAUUCGCUGCUUCUGACAUUUUCACUUUUGUAAACUAUAGCCAACAUGGUUUCAUCCGUACCAAGGGGGAUAGAGGCAGAAGCAGAGCAAGUCGAUGGACUCCAUACUAGCUAGUUUAGAGACCAGCAGUGACAUUUGCUUGCUUGUUUUAUUUUUGUUAAUUUUUGUUUACUAAUGUUGCAAAAUGUUUACAUAAAUAUAUUUGUUGACACGAUUCCAGUUGUUUACCGGUAGUUUCCCUGUUCUUUCCCCGUCUCUGGGGUUAUCGUCCUGUGGCCGCUCUGAGGGCCGCCGGGCAUGGUCACUCACCCGAACAUGCUUUUAUCACAAGCCUUUUCACAUAGUGCCAUGAAAUGACUUGAGAUGAUGGGCAAUACAGAAUGAAUACUUUGACGAUAUGCUUGCUAUGAACUCAUGUCAGUAGGUAAUCUUCAUAUCGUUUGGAAAAUAAACAAACAUUAAUAAUUUUGAAAAGGGAAAUAGCCAUAGUAGAAAAUGAAACUGAAUCGUAAUGCUUCGAUCUCUUC